CCGUGCAGAACGAGCGCGACAGGAUCAGCGUUCGCAGGAGCAGCUACGAGGACAACGGCUCGCUCUCCAUCAACGUGCUCACUCAGGCCGAGGCCAUGGCGCAGCAGUAUUCGUCACUGAGUCCGGCGCACAGCGCAGACAUCGCGAUGAAGAAGGUCGCAACCAUCAAUGACGUGUGUGAAUCCAUGAAGCAGCAGCUUCUGGUGCUGGUCGAAUGGGCAAAAUACAUCCCGGCGUUUUGUGAGCUCCCACUUGACGACCAGGUUGCCUUGCUCAGAGCCCACGCAGGGGAACACCUGCUCCUCGGGGUAGCCAAGCGGUCCAUACCAUACACCGAUUUUCUGUUAUUAGGGAAUGACUUCAUCAUCCCAAUGCACUGCCCAGAACUGGAAAUCGCUCGUGUGGCCACCAGAAUCUUGGACGAGUUGGUGAAGCCCUUGCGGGACAUCCAGAUUGAUGACAAUGAGUAUGCUUGCCUUAAAGCCAUCAUCUUCUUUGACCCAGACUGCAAAGGCCUGAGCGAGCCUGGAAAGGUGAAGAACAUGCGCUUCCAGGUCCAAGUCAACUUGGAGGACUACAUCAACGAUCGCCAGUACGACUCCCGAGGCCGGUUCAGCGACAUCCUCCUCUUGCUGCCCCCACUGCAGAGCAUCACCUGGCAGAUGAUAGAGCAAGUCCAGUUCGUGAAGCUCUUCGGUGUGGCCAGGAUUGACAGCUUGCUGCAGGAGAUGCUGCUGGGAGGAACCACCAUUGAUCUCCAGUACCAGUCAGGACCUCCCAACCUCAACCUGGAACCGCUGCCAGGACACGUCCUCCCAAGCAACAUGAGCUCUGUGAUUCACACCGCUCCAGACCCAUCUCCUGAAACAUCCCUUCCAUCUCCUUCUACAAGCACAGGCAGUGAAGACUAUAAACUAGGCUCUAGCGCAGGACCCAACACCGUAGCGCAGCUCUUGCCUCAGCCAGCCAUACCUAAGCAGGAGAUCUUAUAGGGAGAGGUGGAAGGAGAAGCUGGGAGCAAUGUGGAAACGGUGCUGAAAGUGAAACGGGCCCUUUCUCUUUGCAGAGGCAAAGCGCAGCAACCCCGCGCCUGUAGCCGGAUCUGUCGGUCACGCUCUUUGCCGUCCGUGAGUCGAGCACCAGGUACCAGCCUGCAGCAGGAGCCUCCCCGUGGUUCUGCCCACCGCCCACCGCCGUCACCCUCAAUUCACAAGCGAAUCGGGGAUCACGCUCUCCUCAGCAGGACCGAGACUGUAAGCUCUUUGGAGCAGGGCUUCUGCUUGCAUUUGUUAUCAUCUCGCUCAGCGUGCUCAGACCCCUCCAACGCCUUUGGCUGCUACCUGCAUAAACCCAAACGCCUUACACAGCUCCUGGUAAUUGUCAGUGAGUACAGCGUGUCUGGAAUUGUCAGUAUG